AAUCUGCCUAAGAGGCAAGGGCUACAAGUUAGCUAUCUACGUGCCUUGGAUAUCUGCGGAGUCAGCCAAUGUACUGUCGGCCAACCUACUGUCAUGUGGCUUGUUAGGUAGGUCUAUGGUAGCCGGUUGUAUUCUGUCGAUUUUUUCUCGACAAAAAAAAUAUUUAUUGACAACGAGUCUAUCUAGUCGAAGGAAGAAUAAACGCCCGAUAAAUAAACAGACAACAACCGCAAUUCAUUCGGCUAUGUUUCAACGUGCAUUUAAGUCAAGUUUUCGCGGGAUAUCGCUGCUAUCUCGGCUAUGGAAUGGACCUGGUGGAGUACUUGCAGGUAAACAGGCUGAGCAAAAAAUGAUAUCCAUCCUUAGGAACAAGUUACCUGAAGCAGUGUUGAUAGAAGUGACUGAUGUAUCAGGAGGAUGUGGUGCUAUGUUCGAUAUAAACGUUGUCGCCCCAGAAUUUAAGGGAUUAAACACUGUGAAGCAACAUCGAAUAAUUAACGAGGCUCUUAAAGAAGAAAUCAAAGAUAUGCACGGUAUUCGAAUACGUACGAGUCUUCCACAACCAUAAACUUUAUUGUCAACAAUUGCGCUUGAAGCGACAGUUUUAUAGGAACAAUAUUUGAUACUGGUAUUCUUUACCUAAGUUAUCUACAAAACAAAAUUGAAGAUCUAUGUCACAUAUGUUUUAUCAUAGAAUGU